AUGUUCUACUUCCAUUGUCCCCCGCCGCUGGAAGGUGCCACGGCCUUCGGCGGGCCCUCCACGGCGGACUUCGAGGACGGCUUCCUCCGGCGGAAGCAGCGCCGGAACCGGACCACCUUCACGCUCCAGCAGCUGGAGGCGCUGGAGGCGGUCUUCGCCCAGACCCACUACCCGGACGUCUUCACGCGCGAGGAGCUGGCCAUGAAGAUCAACCUGACCGAGGCCCGCGUGCAGGUCUGGUUCCAGAACAGAAGAGCUAAAUGGAGGAAGACAGAGAGAGGCUCUUCUGACCAAGAAGGUUCUAAGGAGGCUGGGACAGAAGUGACGCCCCCCGGAAGAAAUUUGAGCUCCCCCUCCCCCGUGGAUCAACCUAGGAAUAAGAAGGAGAACCUGGAGAUCCAGCAGAGCCUCAGCAGAGCAGUUGGUCCUUCUGGAUCCUUCUUCCCUUCCUGUCUACCAGGGACCCUCCUCAAUACAGCGACCUAUGCCCAAGCCUUGUCCCAAGUAGCGUCCCUCAAAGCGGUCGACAUUCCUGUGCUCCCCUUACGUGACGUCGCUUCCCCCGGGGAGGAACUGGCGGCCCGGAAGGAGGGCGGCGUGGACGUGCAGAGCCAAAGCUUCGGCUUUUCCUCACAAGGGGCCGGAGCCACGUCCACCUUCUGCCAAGCAGGCUUCCCGUUGCAGCUUCAAGGGAAAAUCCUUCACGUCGGACGUGGCUCAGCUUCAGCCACAUGGGGACUUCAGAUCCCAGAGUUCCCGGCCAAGUGGCUCCAACGCCAUGCGCUUGGAGGUCGCUGGGCCUGA